AUGGACAUAGGCAGGCGAAAGGCAUCAUCAUCGUCGAGCACUGGCAAUGAGCAUGAUCCGUCGAGCGUUGGCAAUGAGCAUGAUACUUCGAGCACUGGAGAUACAGCCUCGCCACAUUUUCAGCAUUUGGUUCAACUAAUAAAUAGCUCUACCGCCAGGAAGCAAGCUGCUUCGGUGCCUCAAGCAGCUCGAGUUGCCAGCGACGGAGAAAACGGAGGGCAUGCUGGGCCAUCAAAGAAGCAUCAGACAUUCCGCUUGGGGACCGGACAACACGAGAUUGCGGGAAAUGUUGGUUUGUACCAAGAACACCCAGGGUUAGAUCGCUCUGCACAAAAGCAGAGUACAGAUUUCCCCACAGGACAUGGCAAGCAGUGGGAAGAUUUCAGUUCAUCACAGCAAUCGAAGGACAACCACAAUGAAGCAUUACUAACAACAGCCUCUUGCGAUGAGAUGGUGGCUCUCAAGCUCGCUCAAUAUCGCCCCGAAGCCCAAGAGAUACAAUUUGCUUGCACGAUUUGUCUCGAAACUCUGCCACUACAAGCAUUUCCUGCUGUCCCGAUCACCUCGGCAUGCUUACCUGAAUUUCAUCGUGCUGCUGAUGAAAGCUUUGUGUGCAAGUCUUGCAUCAACGAAAGCAUCAGUGUACAGAUCAGUACCUCCAGACCCGAUGAGAUCAAUUGCCCUUCGUGCAGUCAGCGUAUGAAUCAUCAAGAUAUCAAGCUGUGGGCAGAACAUGAGAUAUUUGAAAGAUACGAUCACAUGAUCACUUUGCAGGCCCUACAAGAAGAUGGUAGCUUCAUAAGAUGCUGGCGACCAGAGUGCGACACUGGUCAAUUCCACGACGGUGACGCUGCUUCUCCAAUCGUUAUCUGUCAAGCAUGCAGAGCAAUGACCUGCUACCGGCAUUCUGGUCUACCUUGGCAUGAAGGCCUCACAUGCGAUCAAUUCGAAGAUCCUCAUACCGCUAUCACCUUGCUGAAAGAAUUCAUCAGCGAACUCGAACUUGUCUCUCGUGCCUCCAAGACCACACUAUCCGACGAGCAAAGUCGAAUCAAAAGUGGCGAUGCCGAAAUUCAAUCAAAAAUUGGUAUUGCACGACUACUACUUUCGGAAAGGCAAGCCUUUCUUGCUUCAGAGUCUGACGAGAGGGGAGCGAAAUUUGUGGCCCAGACGACCAAACCCUGUCCACGUUGCAAGGCACCUGUCGAGAAGACAGGGGGCUGCAAGCACAUAAAAUGCAGAUGUGGCUUUGAAUUUUGCUACGGAUGUCUGGCUGAAUGGAGUACGGAACACCUAUCGACACCGUGCUCCGAUGAACAUGAUGACCCUCACAUUUUACGUCUGGCUAUGAGGGAUUAUGGUCAUGAUGUGCCGGCUGCUGCAAACCAUAUACCAGCAGUACGGCAAGCACGAAUGGCUAGAGCGCUUCCACCGCCCUUCAUUGAAGGUGGAAUCGCUUUCAUUCAUCCACCAGAAGCUCGUCGGCCAGCAUUUCCUGAAGUACGAGUUCUUCGACCAGAAGCUCGUCAACCCCAAGGUCCUCGCCUACAAACCCCUCGACCAUAUGCUCCUCGACCAGAAGUCCCUCCACUACAACUUCCUCGGCCACAAGCCCCUCGACCAGGAGCCCCUCGACCAGGAGCCCCUCGACCACAAGCUCCCCGACCACAAGCCCCCCGACUGGAAGCCCCUCGACCACAAAUUCCUCGACUGGAAGUUCCAAGACCUGAAGUGAUGAACCGAGUCAACUUGCCAACUCAUGGCGACGUCGGUCGACCGCGACUCUUCGCAUCACGGCCAACAGCGCAGGGCCCAAUGUUCAGAGAUCCUCAGGGCUUUGUUAGACCACGGGCUCCUUACCCGCAUCGUGAUGAGCGUCCUUUCCAGUUUCCAGGUCUUCAAGGGCCCCAAGGAGGCGUCCCUCGAUCACCAAUGUCAAUUGCAGCAGAUAUCAAUCGUUCAAGGUCUGACCUCAGCUUACACUCAGGCUCUGCUGACAGAAGUCGAUUUACACCGGCUAUAGAAGAAGGGCUCAUUGGAACUGGCUCCCAGCGAAACAACGUUGCAAACAUUGCAAUGCAACGUGCCGGACUGCCUCGAGGUCUGGGUGACCCACUCUUUCGUGAUAGAAUGGGAAGAGCACCACCGGAUUUUUUUCAUGAUAACCAGAUGCCCCAUUUGGCUCGGCAAGAUGUGCUAGAAGGGCGAGCAACGAGGCUCCCACCAGUAGGUACUCCGCGGGCUGCAAAUCAAGAUUUCACGAUGGGCUAUCAGGGCUUGCAAGAUCCUUUUGGUCCAGACUUUGGUCGACCACCGCUGCGUAGGAACAAUUCUGGAUUCACAAGGGCCCAGGAACAAAAUGACUUUGCUGCAAACUUUGGUCGAUCACAGCUGCAUAGGAACAAUGUUGGAUUCACAAGAGACCAGGAACAAAACGGCUUUGCUGCAGACUUUUAUGGAGACUCUACUGGUUGGGUUUGA